CACUUGUUCCAUUAACAUUAUCCUGAACGAUUUUCUAAAACAAUGGUUAAGUCGGCUGUACUUCUUUUGUUUUUAAUACUCUUAGGAAAUGCUUACGCAAAGAGUCUACCUUUAAGGGCUGUAGAUAUAGAUUUUGAUACGAAAACUUUAGAACUUACAAUAGGAAAUGUUGCUGCAGAUGUAACCAUUGAUUUUGGUCAUCUUUUAAAAGGUGAAGGUUUGUAUGGAGAAAUACGCAUUCUUCAAGAUACAGUGACAUUUCAUGUCCCUCAAAGCGAAAUAGAUAAAGUCAUAAUGAAGUUUAAAGACAAAAUAGGAGUCAUUCUUCGAGUUCUGAAACAAAUUGAAAAAGAGGCUUUCAUAAGGACGAAUGCAGUAAAAGAUGAUGCAGCUAGUUUAGGAAGUACUGUUUUAAGAAAAGUACAAGGAACUAGCCAGGCCGUCUUUAAAAAAACUGGUGAACUUGCGAUUGGAGCUAAAGACUUUGUAGAAGAAAAAACCAAACACAUAGGACAUGAUAUAGUGGCAGGAACGAAAAACUUUGGUAACAGCAUUGGCGGAAAAGCAACCGACGUAGGAAGAAAUAUUGCAAAAUCCUUUGGAAACUUCUUUGGUAAAUAAUAAUGUACAUACGAUACAUAAAAUAUUAAUGAUAUGUAAAAAAAGAAGUUAUUAUAAAUUUAAAAUAUA